GUUAAUGUUACACUCAUCAACAAGAAGAGCUGGAGACCAGAACAGGCGGUGGUGUUGUUCAGCUCAGUGGCCAGCGCCAGUGACAACACAGAAGAGCUGUCGGAAUCGAUACUACAGGGAUUCACCUGCAGCUCGGUUCAGAAACUACCAUGGUCAAAAGUCACACAGCUGGUGAGAGCCUGCAGACCACGUGCUGGCAGGAACAAGGUCUUCCUGAAAGAGCCUCAGCUGACCUGCAUGUACAACUACAUGAAAUACGAUUCAUCUCUGAACUUCACUGAUUUACCUGCUGACAUGCUUCUCUACUACAGCUAUGAGAAGGUCCAGAAGGUGAACUGCAGGUCAUAUUUCAGUGCUGUGGGUGGAGCAGAUUUCUCAGUUCUUUCCAGCGUCCUCAACAGACAGUCCAUCUUGUUUCAGAAUGCACAGAACUGCCUGGGUAUAUCUGGUGUGAGUCUGAACAGCACUCAGGUGGAGGUUCUGGGUAACAUGGCCUGCACACUGGACUCCACCUACAUCCAGAACUCUGACCCACUCAUCCUGGAGAAACUGAAGAACUGUGGAGAUCUUUCUGACUCUCAGGUCACCGCCAUACAGACGCUGCUCUACACUGGCAACACUACUUAUGGUAAUCGCUCAUCAUGGAAUCUGGACACUCUGAACAAGCUGGGCAUCCUGCCCCUCUACCUCAAACAAGCUUUCUGGACCAAUUUUGACUCUACUACAAAGAAAACAUUUUUGAAGACAUUCAUUCCAUCCCUGAAGAAGCAGAAGAUCCAGAUAUCGAAGCUCCGGAGAUUCUUUACAGAAUCCACUGUAAAUGUCAAAGUAGGAACACGUACAAAAACAGUAUGUGCUACAGAUAACAACAUCACAGAGGCAACAAUCGCAGAUCCCUCAUUUCCUGCUGGCUACGACUCCACUCAGUUUGACGCAUGCUUGGACAACGCAUUCCUGAAAGAUAACCUGGCAGCCAUCACUGAGAAAGUGGUGGACACUGGCUUCCUGACAAUCAUUCUGAACAAACUAAACCAGCUCUACGCAUCAGGCCUUCCAGAAAGUGUGGUACAGCUACUGAGUGCUGUGUCUCGUGUGGCCACUGUUAGUGACAUCAGCAAGUGGAACAUCACCGCAAUCGACACGCUGUCCUUUCUGAUGGUCUCUGAUAAUGGAGCCUGGACCUCAGAGCAGAGUAAAGCUGUGAUUACAAGGUAUCUCAGCGUGGCUGGAAACAUUCUGGGAACUGCUGAACUGAAUGCGAUCGGCUCCUACCUCUGUUCUUUGGAUCUCAAUGUUCUCAAAACCGUCACUGCUGACAGCCUGAAGAAAGCAAACUCUGUGAAUGUAUCGUCGUGUUCCAUCGAUCAGAAAUCAGCUCUGUACAGCAUCGCCAACUCCUCAUUCAGCACUCAACGCAGUGAACCCACAGCGUUCUACCAGCUCAUCAGCUCUUACCUGGGUGGAGCUCCUGUGGAAGACAUACGAGCUCUAUCUGCUCAGAACAUCAGCAUGGACAUCAACACCUUCAUGAGUCUGAGCCCUGCUGUGCUCACGACCCUGAGUGUCAACACAGUGCGCAGUCUUCUGGGAAUGAAUCUGGACAGCCUGAAGCUGUUUGAGAACACCACAGCAGUUCGGUCGUGGACGGAUCAGCAAUACAAGUCUGAACUGGCGACCCUGAACAUCGGACUGGUGGGAGGCAAAGACGAUCCCGUCAGCUCUACAACUAAUGUUACAGUGCCACCGACUAACACCUCCACCACUCAGACCAACUACACAGUCAAUGCCACAACACAAAGUUCAGCUGUUGUACAUCGUGGUUCAGGACUGUGGCUCAUCUCUCUGUGUGUAGGACUUCUGACCAUCACACUGCACACACUGCAAUAACCAUCUACCCAUCUAACUAUCACACUGUCACCAACACGUACACACAAAAUACAGCUUCAGAGCUUUAUUACUCUUCUCACGCUAUAAUCACAUUCAUAGUUCAGUUACCAUGUUUCUGUUAUGUGAGUAUUAAUACAUUGCACUGUAUUUUAACUUAAUAGCAAA